AUGCCGCCUAUCCCGGUCGCCGCCCCAUCUGCCACGGCGGGCUCGGCGACGCUGCCGGCGCAGAGCCUGCCACCUGUGCCCCGCAUCGCGCUCGACGCCGCCACCCUCGGCCGCAUCUCGCCGCCGGUCAAGCGCAUCAACAGCGACAGCGACACGCUCCUCUGGAUCUCGUCCGAGGCGCGUGGCAUCUACUCGCUCUUUGUACAGAGGAUCGCAGAGGCGUGCGUCGGCAAGCCCACCCGGCCGCUGCCGCCCCGUCCGGCUUCGGCAGCGCAUUCGAUCGACGCGCAGGAGCCGAUGGAGCGACUCCUUCAAUUCGUCCGCCACAUCGACGCGUGGACAGAUGAGAUCGAGCCGCAGUCGAAGCCGCAGAGGUUCGGCAACCUCGCCUUCCGCGACUGGGGAGCGAGGCUCGAGGAGAGGGCCGACGAGCUGCACCGGCAGCUGCUGCCUCUCCAUCUCCACGCCUUUAUCCCAGAGUUGUCGCCCUACCUCGUCGAAUCCUUUGGCUCGUUUGUCCGCAUCGACUAUGGCUCGGGCCACGAGUUCUGCUUCGCAGCAUGGCUUUGCUUCCUCUACCGCCUUGGCUUCUUCGAGGCGGGCAAAGACGACGGCGACGACGGCGGCAGCUCGUCGCACCAGAUGUGGCCUCCGACGCAGAUCGAGGAGAGGCUCGGCCUCGAAGCCUUUCCCCUCUACCUAGACACCGUAUGGCGGCUGCAGGACCGCUACGGCCUCGAGCCGGCGGGCAGCCACGGCGUAUGGGGCCUGGACGACUACCAAUUCCUGCCGUACGUCCUGGGAGCGGCCCAGCUGCGAUCGCAGUCGACGCUGCGACCGAGCCAGAUCGUGGUGGCAUCGGCCCACCCGCAGCUUCUCGGCUCGCUUCCGGACAAGACGCCAUCGACCCUCAUCUCGCACCCUCCGACCAUCCCCUCGGCCCUCCUCGCUCCGGCCUCCUCGUCUGCCUCGUCGGCCAGUGACGAGACGCCGCUGCCCAACCUGUACCUCACAUCGCUGCUGCGCAUCCAGGUGCUGAAGCGCGGCCCGUUCCACGAGCACUCGCCGCUGCUGCACGACAUCUCGACGAGCGUGCCCAACUUUAUCAAGACGUACACGGGCAUGGUCAAGAUGUACGAGGCCGAGUGCCUCGACAAGAGGGUCGUGGUGCAGCACUUCAAGUUCGGCGGCGUCGGCUUCGUGUGGGACCCGUCGGGCGCCAGGUCGGGUCACUCGAGCUCCAUCGCAUCGUUUGAAGCCUCGGCAGCUUCCGGCUCGGCCCAUCCGACUGCAGCGGCGUCGUUGGGCAUGGAUGCCGCCGUCGCUCAUGCCCGCUUCGGCGACGCGAGCGCCGUUUGCGCGUCCGCCUGCCUCUACGGGCGUCCCUCCGAGCACCUCGAUGCCAUCGGGCCGGACGACGGUGCCGACGGCGACGAUGCCCCCUCCGCCUCAGCCGGGAGCGCGUCCCGGACAAUCGAAGACGACGGGAUCCGGAAGGGAGGGUCACGCCGCCGCAGCUCCGACACCGACGCCGAGGCCGACGCCUUCUUCGAUGCAGCCGACGCGGACGAGCGCUGUGGGAUCAGCUGCGCAGCCAACGCCGGCACCCACGGCGAGACCCGUCACAGGCGGCGCGACGCCGGCUUCUGCCACCAGCGCGUCGCAGCCCGGUCCAACUCCUACGUCGACACAGAGGCCAACAUGAUGCCACCUCGCCAGCAGCCGCAACGAAAUGCAAACGAUGACCUGCCAUCGGUGGUGUGA